AUGUCGACCAAGGCAUCGAACGGCAAUGGCAAAAAGCCGGCGUCGCCUGCCACCAACCUCAUUGCCGGUGGUGGUGCGGGUAUGAUGGAAGCUCUCGUUUGCCAUCCAUUAGACACAAUCAAAGUCCGAAUGCAAUUGUCACGAAGAGCAAGGGCACCUGGUGCCAAACCGCGCGGAUUCAUCACUACCGGAGCCGAGAUCGUCAGGCGAGAAACUGCGUUGGGUCUGUAUAAAGGUCUCGGGGCAGUGUUGGGUGGUAUCAUCCCCAAGAUGGCCAUUCGAUUUACCUCAUACGAAUGGUAUAAGGGACUCAUGACCGAUGAGAAUGGCAAUGUCACCCGUAGAGCGACAUUCUUGGCCGGUCUUGCCGCAGGUGUAACUGAAGCUGUGGCGGUCGUCAACCCCAUGGAAGUCAUCAAAAUCCGCCUCCAAGCCCAACACCACUCCCUCGCCGACCCCCUCGACACACCCAAAUACCGCAGCGCGCCCCACGCUCUAUUCACCGUCGUCCGCGAAGAAGGGUUCGGCGCAUUGUAUCGCGGUGUUUCACUCACAGCAUUGCGACAAGGCACAAACCAAGCCGCCAACUUCACGGCUUACACCGAGCUGAAAUCGGCCCUGCAAAGGUGGCAGCCGGAGUAUGCCCACGAGCUUCCGUCGUGGCAGACCACUAUCAUUGGACUGAUAUCGGGAGCCGUGGGACCGUUCUCAAAUGCGCCGAUCGAUACCAUCAAGACUCGUCUGCAGCGGACACCUGCCGAACCGGGACAGACGGCGCUCGGUCGGAUUACGUUGAUCGCUGGGGAGAUGUUCAAGCAGGAGGGUGCGAAAGCGUUCUACAAGGGCAUCACGCCGCGAGUGAUGCGUGUCGCGCCGGGACAGGCGGUGACAUUUACGGUGUAUGAGUAUCUGAGGGGACGACUGGAGAACAGUCGGUGGUCGAUAGUAGGAGGCAAGUACGAGGAGUAA